AUGCACUUACCCAUCUCGUCCUGCUUCUUAGCUGCUGCUGGUCUGCUUUUGGCUACCCAGUCGGGCUUUUCAAAGGCACAAGACUUCACCGUUGGCCAGAAAGGUGGUCCGCGACCGAUUCAAUCCAAAUCACUAGGUAUUCUGAUGAAGGAAUAUAAUCUGGGCCCUCAUGUGACUGUCAGGGAAUACAAAGCGAGCGCGGAGCUCGGAAACAUAGUCCGUCGCCAAGCAAAUGCCACUGGCCCUAGAUCCAACCUCACCACCAUCGAUUUGACUCCGGCAGACUGUGAAGACACUCAAUGCUACCCAGCAGGCGCUUUUGACAAACCAAACACCACCGAUUGUGACCUUGUCUGGCGUGCUCAGCUGUACAACUCCACCGGAAGCCUGACGGCUUUCCCAGGUACAUUCGUAUACGUCUUUUCAGGAACUUGUGCUGUGGUUUUUCAAAAUCCUAAAGAUCAAGGUUACGCCAUUCAGUUCAACUGGGCUAAACUUGGCGCGGUAGGUGUCAAAAUCGCUGAAAAAUGCUUGGCACCUAACACCAAUGCUAUCGGCGGUAUCUGUCAAUACCACAAGUACUUGACCUGGACCUUCAAUGACGUUCUCAUCAGUGUCCAGAAGCAUGUCCAGACUGAUGAUCCCAAAUAAGUAUAUAUACAGGUCCCUUGUCGGUGUGUUUAGACUUUAAAAGACGUGCACCUUACUUUUCCGUUAUUCAUGUUUCUUGAUAUACAUUUGUUGAAUCGUCCAUGCAAAUCCAUACUUUGAUCUGAAUCUGUUGACUUAGUGAUAUUAUCAUAGUCACGUUCUGGCUACCAUACUGUUUCAAUCUGUGCUCUUAUUUAGCUUCUCCCAUCGAGACUGGAAUUGUGUGGACUUUGCUAUACGAGGUCCCGCACCCAUUUUGCAAAGCUCCCCGACGUUGGAAA